AUGCAAGUACAUCACCAAGAUAUUCAAAGAAGAGCUAGAGGGCUUGAAGACAAAGUAGAUGGAGUCUCCAAGGAAGUCAAGGAUUUAACCACUCGCUUAGCCAACUUGGAAGAGAAGGUCUUGACCGAGGCAAAGACGACCGGUUCUAAGCACAACCAUGCCGCGUCCGUCUUUACUAUAAGAGAGACCGACCCAAGAGUGAUUUGGGAUGAAGAAGAAAGAAGAGCUGAUCAAGAAAGAGCCACGAAGGCUAACCACUGGAACAAGAGAGAAGAUAGCACCAAAAGGAAGAACCCUUACUCAAAGGUCUUCACAACCGCCUCCCACCAAGGAGAAGAGGAAGACAAGAUCAUCACUUGA